UCCUCUAACAUUCCUUUCAUUAUUGUCUCUAUCCAUCCUUCCAUCUGUCCGUGUGUCCCUCUCCUCCUCCUCCCCUUGGGGCUGCUGGUGGAAGCGGCUGUGAGGAGCCCACCCCACCCCACCACCACCACCGUACUCCAAUGAGAGAGAGAGAGAGAGAGAGAGGACGCUCUACCAGGACAUUCAAGCGGUCUCAUCACCCUAAACAGGAGGUUUGACUUUUUAGGGACACGGUGAGGGACUGUAUUGGUCACAAAGGUGGGGAAGAUGCCGUUCCACGCUUGUCUUUGACGCCGUCCGUGUGUCCCUUCGCUCCGCCCGUGGAUGGCUGCGCAGGUGUUGCAACCAGGGAGGAGGAUGCUGUUCAAUGCUCUCAUCUCCACUACGACGGCAUGGACAUUUUAAAAGCAACAUGGCACCCAUUCUCUCCAGCUUUUGCACGGUAUUUUAUGUUUUAAACCAAUGACAUUGUCUUUCAUUUCGCUUUCGAGGCUUGCCUGAAAAUCAAGUGUGCCACGUUGUCGCUACACUACCAAAUAUUGCGGAUGUUUUUUUUUUAAAGAAAUAAAUAAAUAAUGGUAGCGUUUCACUCCCAACGGCUUUUAAGUGCUUGGGAACACGGUGGUUUCAGCGAAUUACACCAUCAGAUCACUGAGCGUUCAAGCAGCUUUUUAACAUUGCAAGGCGUGAAUGUGAUUUAUUAUUGAGAGCCGUGUCGUUUGAAAGGCGUCUGUGCUGUAAUGACAUGUUGUCAUGACAGUGGAGGAAUAAAUCUUGUGGAAGCCUGUGGAGCGUUCUGAUGCAGAAGGCAUGACGAGCCAUGGAGGAGGUUCGUGUUGAAUAAGUCCCCAUGAUCGGGUGGUGGGGGCUGGUCCUCAAAGACGAGCCGAGGGCUUGAGAUACCUUCCAGCGAGACCCCAAAAGACCACACGUUUGAUUCCCCACACCUGGCCUCCUGGUGAGGACGCACAGGGGGAAGAGGACUCUACAUGGGCCCCCAGGUUGAUCAUUAGACCACACACAAGCUGCAGAAGCCGUCUGACCAUAUGAGACGUUCGGAUCCAGAUGGGAUGUAAUGUUGUGUGGCUGUGCAGCUGAGCACCGGUCUCCUUCUCCGCUGCUUCGUCAAGAUUGGCUUCUGGUGUCCAUUGAAUGGCGCGGUUCGGAGACGAGGUGCCGGCCAGGUACGGCGGAGGGCCAGGUGGAGUGGGCCCCGGUGGCCGUGGUGGAGGGAGACAAGGAGGACCCCAUGGACAUGGACACGGUCAUGGGCACGGGCAUGGGCACGGACACGGACACGGCCAUGGGCACGGGCUUGCCCACGGACCACCCGGGGGGCCCGGGGCCCAGAGAAUGUACAAGCAGUCCAUGGCGCAGAGGGCCCGGACUAUGGCCUUGUAUAACCCGAUACCAGUGCGCCAGAACUGCUUCACUGUCAACCGCUCCUUGUUCAUUUUCAGUGAAGAUAACUUUGUGAGAAAAUACGCCAAAAAGAUCACCGAAUGGCCUCCGUUUGAGUGGAUGAUUCUUGCCACCAUCAUUGCCAACUGCAUCGUCCUGGCCCUGGAACAACAUUUGCCCGAUGGUGAUAAGACGCCACUGUCUGAACGCCUGGAUGACACAGAGCCGUAUUUCAUUGGGAUCUUCUGUUUUGAGUCUGGUAUAAAAAUCCUGGCUCUGGGGUUUGCCUUCCACAAGAAUUCGUACCUGAGGAAUGGAUGGAACGUCAUGGACUUUGUGGUGGUGCUCACAGGGAUCCUGUCCACCGUGGGCUCAGAUUUUGACCUGCGGACCCUUAGGGCCGUCCGAGUCUUGAGGCCCCUCAAACUGGUGUCUGGUAUUCCCAGCCUACAGGUGGUGCUCAAAUCCAUCAUGAAGGCGAUGAUUCCUCUGCUACAAAUUGGCCUCCUGCUUUUCUUUGCCAUCCUCAUGUUCGCCAUCAUCGGCUUGGAGUUCUACAUGGGCAAAUUCCACACCACCUGCUUUGACAAUCACACAGGGGAGAUCCGCGAAGAGUUCCCAUGCGGGACGGAACUUCCGUCACGGUUGUGUCCAGAGGGUACCACGUGUCGAAAGUACUGGCUGGGUCCAAACUAUGGCAUCACACAGUUUGACAACAUCCUUUUUGCAAUCCUCACCGUCUUCCAGUGUAUCACCAUGGAGGGCUGGACUGACCUGCUAUACUAUAGCAACGACGCCUCAGGGAGCACAUGGAACUGGAUGUAUUUCAUCCCACUCAUCAUCAUCGGCUCCUUCUUCAUGCUCAACCUGGUGCUCGGUGUGUUGUCAGGCGAGUUUGCCAAAGAGAGAGAGCGAGUAGAAAACAGAAGUGAGUUCCUGAAGCUGAGACGCCAGCAGCAGAUUGAGAGAGAACUCAACGGAUACUUGGAGUGGAUCUGCAAAGCUGAAGAGGUUCUCUUGGCAGAUGAUGAAAAUGACAACGAUUACGAUGGCUCCCGCAGGAGAGCCACCAAGAACCACAAGAGCAAAGCUGAGCUUCUAAACCCAGACGAGGGGGAGGGAGACCUGGCAGUUGGGUCACCAUUUGCCCGUGCCAGCUUAAAAAGCUCCAAGCUGGAAGGAUCCACUUUCAAGAGGCGGGAAAGGCGGUUACGCUUCUUAAUCCGACACAUCGUCAAGUCGCAGGCCUUCUACUGGACUGUGCUGUGUUUGGUGGGCCUCAACACGCUGUGUGUGGCCGUAGUGCACUAUGACCAGCCGGAACCCCUCUCAGAUUUCCUAUUUUACGCUGAAUUUAUCUUCCUGGGAAUCUUCUUGACGGAGAUGUUUGUCAAGAUGUACGGCCUUGGAAGGCAGGCAUACCUCAACUCCUCUUUCAACUGCUUCGACUGCAUUGUGAUAUGUGGUAGCAUAUUUGAAGUGCUGUGGUCCAUUAUCCAGCCGGGCACCUCAUUCGGCAUCAGUGUUUUACGAGCUCUCAGGUUAUUGAGGAUCUUCAAGGUCACCAAGUACUGGGCAUCUUUACGGAACCUUGUUGUGUCUUUGCUGAACUCCAUGAAGUCCAUCAUCAGCUUGCUCUUCCUCCUCUUCCUCUUCAUAGUCGUGUUCGCCCUGCUGGGCAUGCAGCUCUUUGGAGGACAGUUUAAUUUUGAAAAUGGCACGCCUCCAACCAACUUUGAUACCUUCCCGGCAGCAAUAAUGACAGUAUUUCAGAUCCUGACAGGCGAGGAUUGGAACAUGGUGAUGUACGACGGCAUCAAAUCUCAGGGCGGAGUCAACAAGGGAAUGGCCUUCUCCGUCUUCUUCAUCGUUCUCACACUUUUUGGCAACUACACUCUGCUGAAUGUCUUCUUGGCUAUCGCUGUGGACAAUUUGGCCAACGCGCAGGAACUAACCAAGGAUGAGCAAGAGGAGGAGGAAGCUGCCAGUCAGAAAAUCGCCUUGCAGAAAGCCAAGGAGGUGGCAGAAGUCAGCCCCCUGUCAGCUGCCAACCUCUCCAUUGCAGCCAACAAAGUACACAGUGAUUGUCACAACGCUACCGACCCCUUUCUGGACUGUAAGGAGCAACAUAAGAACCACAAUAAAGGUCUCAGCAAAUCGGUGUGGGAGCAACGCACCAAGGAGCUGAGGAAGCAGACUCUGGCGUCCAGUCGCGAGGCCCUCUACAACGAGCUGGACCCCGACGACCGCUGGAAGGCAAGGACGGGGAGGGAAGAGCACAACAAUGUCAACUACUCACGACACGUUCGACCGGAUAUGAAAACUCACCUGGAUCGACCUUUGGUCGUUGACCCCCUUGAGAACCGCAACAACAACACCAACAAGAACACAGAGAACAACCCAGAACUCUGCUUUAGCCAGCAGCAUCCUACCGACAACCUCCACAGGCAAAGCUGUCAAGUAGGCCCCAUCAAACCCCCUCUAGAGCGAGGUGAGUCCUCCGAGAGCAGGCGGAGCCGCAAAGGAGCGCACCACCACCGCACCUCUCAUGUCAGACUGGAUGCAACCGUAAUCCCGGGGCCGGGCUCAGAGGAGAGGCCGACCCGGCGCCAUCACCACAACCACAGUGGGGCUCGAGGGGCGGGGCAGUCCGAACACAGGAAGCCCAGGUCGCAUCGCAAGAACGAGGAAGACGAGGAUGGUCGAGAAGGAGCUGGAAAAACGGGAAGACACAAGAGCAAAGGGGUGGAUGGAUGUGGGGAGGGAGGAGAGAAGGAGGCAGCCGGUGAUGGCGGCGAGAGGAGGCCAAGGAGAAAUCGCCAUAGCAACCAGAAGGAAGGCGAGGGGAAGAAGAUGUGCCAGCAUCGCAGGAAGGAUGGCAGUGUCCCGAACCUCUCCACCACACGGCCCAUCCAAAAGAGACUGUCCAGGCAAGACGGGCAGGACAGUGAAGACAUGGACAACCUCAUGAAUACCAAACUGGUUUCUGUCUCCACCCCUCCCGGCGAGCGUCCCCCUAAUCCCGUUGCCAACCACACCGUCAUCGCUGGUUUCGACUCUGCAUUCCACCUCGCUAACAGUGGCACUCGGGGGAGUUUGGUCAGAUUAGACAGCUACGGGAACAUCGGACAUCACCGUGCCAACAGCAUCAUCAGGCAUCCCCACCCUGACUACACGGCUCUGGAUAUGCCAAUUUUUCCCUCCACCAAUGCCAUCCUGCAGGUCAAUAAAAAUGCCAACACAGAGCCAUUGCCCGCGAAGGAGGACAAGGACGACGAUGAUGAUGAUGAUAAGGGAGGCGAGGGAGGACCCAGGCCCAUGCCUCCCUUCACCUCCAUGUUCAUCCUGUCCACCACGAACCCGUUUCGGCGGGCUUGUCACUACGUCUGCACCCUGCGCUACUUUGAGAUGUGCAUCCUGCUGGUCAUUGCCAUGAGCAGUAUCGCCCUUGCUGCUGAAGACCCGGUCUGGCCUGAUUCCACUCGUAACAAUGUCCUGCGUUAUUUUGACUACGUCUUCACAGGAGUGUUCACGUUUGAGAUGCUUAUAAAGAUGGUGGAUCUGGGCUUGGUCUUGCACCAGGGUUCUUAUUUCCGAGACUUGUGGAAUAUCCUCGACUUUAUUGUGGUUAGUGGUGCUCUGGUGGCCUUCGCCUUCACGGGGAGCAGCAAGGGAAAAGACAUCAGCACCAUCAAGUCCCUGAGGGUGCUCAGGGUGCUGCGGCCACUUAAGACCAUAAAGCGUCUUCCCAAACUCAAGGCUGUUUUUGACUGCGUGGUGAACUCUUUGAAGAAUGUCCUCAAUAUUCUGAUCGUCUACCUUCUCUUCAUGUUCAUCUUCGCCGUGGUGGCUGUGCAGCUCUUCAAGGGACGUUUCUUUUAUUGCACCGACGAAUCCAAAGAGUUUGAGCGCGACUGCAGAGGCGAGUAUUUGGUGUAUGAGCGCGAUAACGAAGUAAAGGCACAGAAGCGGGAGUGGAAGAAGUACGAUUUCCACUACGACAAUGUGGCUUGGGCCCUUCUCACCCUCUUCACUGUGUCCACUGGAGAGGGGUGGCCGCAGGUGCUGAAACAUUCAGUGGAUGCGACUUACGAGAAUCAGGGCCCCAGCCCGGGAUACCGGAUGGAGAUGUCCAUCUUUUACGUCGUGUACUUCGUGGUCUUCCCCUUCUUCUUUGUCAAUAUCUUCGUGGCUCUCAUCAUCAUCACCUUCCAGGAGCAAGGAGACAAGAUGAUGGAGGAUUAUAGUUUAGAAAAGAAUGAGAGAGCUUGUAUUGAUUUCGCCAUCAACGCCAAGCCUCUGACUCGCCACAUGCCCAAGAACAAGCUCAGCUUUCAGUACCGCAUGUGGGAGUUUGUGGUAUCGCCGCCAUUUGAGUACACCAUCAUGGCGAUGAUUGCGCUCAACACAAUUGUGCUGAUGAUGAAGUAUGACGGAGCUUCGGAAACCUACGAAGGUGUGUUAGCCAACCUGAACAUCGUGUUUACCUCGCUCUUCUCCAUGGAGUGUGUACUCAAGAUCAUCGCCUUUGGAGCGCUGAAUUAUUUUAAAGAUGCCUGGAACAUCUUCGACUGUGUGACUGUUCUGGGCAGCAUCACGGACAUUCUGGUUACCGAACUUGGGAAUAACUUCAUCAACCUAAGUUUCCUGAGGCUGUUUAGGGCAGCUCGUCUCAUCAAGCUGCUGAGGCAAGGAGAAACCAUUCGAAUCUUGCUUUGGACCUUCGUUCAGUCCUUCAAGGCUCUGCCUUAUGUAUGCCUCCUCAUUGCCAUGCUCUUCUUCAUCUACGCCAUCAUUGGGAUGCAGCUUUUUGGGAAUAUUGCUAUCGAAGAAGACGGGGAGAGCGCCAUCAACCAGCACAACAACUUCAGGACCUUCAUUCAGGCUCUCAUGCUGCUCUUCAGGAGCGCAACGGGGGAAGCGUGGCAUGAGAUCAUGCUGUCGUGUCUCGGGGGUAAACCUUGCGACGAGCUGUCUGGGAAUACGGAGCCAGAGUGUGGCAGCCAAGUGGCCUACCUGUACUUUGUCUCCUUCAUCUUCUUCUGUUCAUUCCUGAUGCUGAAUCUGUUCGUGGCCGUCAUCAUGGACAACUUUGAGUAUCUGACAAGAGAUUCUUCCAUACUUGGACCUCACCACCUGGAUGAGUAUGUGAGGAUAUGGGCAGAAUAUGAUCCUGCUGCCUGUGGCAGGCUCAGUUGCAGGCAAAUGUAUGACAUGCUGAGGCACAUGUGUCCUCCACUAGGCCUCGGGAAGAGGUGUCCUGCACGGGUGGCCUACAAGAGACUCCUCCGCAUGGAUCUGCCCGUGGCUGACGACAACACCGUUCACUUUAACUCCACCCUCAUGGCUCUGAUCCGCACGGCGUUGGACAUCAAGAUCGCCAAGAUUUCUGAAGGUGGUAUCGACAAGCACCAGAUGGACGCAGAGCUGAGGAAAGAGAUGAUGGCGAUUUGGCCCAACCUCUCCCAGAAGCAUCUGGACUUGCUGGUUACGCCCCACAAGUCAGCGACAGACCUGACAGUGGGCAAAAUCUACGCUGCCAUGAUGAUCAUGGAGUACUACAGACAGAGCAAGAUCAAGCGCUCGCAGGCUCUCCGGGAUGAGCAGAAUCGAACGCCAUUACUGUUUCAGCGCGUGGAGCCUUCCCCAACCCAGGAUGGGGGUCCGGGCCUCAACAACGCCCUCCCUCCGCCUGAGACAACGGAGACGGUGAACAGCCUCCCGGUGGAAGGGGGGCUGCCAGAGAGCCACUCGUGGGUCACAGCUCGUGCUCAGGAGAUGUCCCAAAAGGUCGGAAGCUGGAGCCCUGAAGACGGCCUAGGAAGCAUGACCGCAUCACAGACGGUAGAGAUGAGAGAGAUGGGGCAGGAUGGUUACUCGGAUACUGAGCACUUUCCACCAAUGGAAGGCCACGGCAGGGCCGCUUCCAUGCCCCGCCUGCCAGGCGACAACCAAAAGCGGAGGAAAGGGAAGCAGCGUGGCAGUCACCUCAGUACCAUCAGCGACAACAGCCCCAUGAAGCGCUCGGCCUCGUCUUUGGGUCACAGCAGGUCAGGCCGCAGCAGCAGAGACAAAGGAGGCCCAGAUGUCUACAACAUGGAGCAUGUCAUACCUGAGGAAGGUCGCGCUCCCAGACACGGGCACAGAAGAAAAGAGCGCAGCCACCGUGCCUCCGAGAGGUCGCUGUGUCGCUACAUGGAGGCUGACACAGACAUGAGCACCACCACCCAGUCAGGUGACCUGAUGUCCAAGGACAGGGAUCGAGACAGAGACCGCGGCCGCUCCAAAGACCGCAAACACCACCACCACCAUCACCACCAUCACGGUUCCGUGGACAAAGAGCGCUACGGCGCGGAGCGAGGGGGCGACUACGGCCGCAAGCACUCCCGCGACCGAGAACCCGACCGGGAGAGGGAGCGAGAAAGGGACCGGCGCUGGUCACGCUCCCCCAGCGAGGGUCGUGACUGCAUGACACACAGACAGGGCAGUAGUUCGGUCAGCGGAAGUCCUGUCCCGUCAACCUCCGGGACUAGCACGCCGCGCCGGGGCCGCCGCCAGUUGCCUCAGACGCCCGCGACACCCCGCCCCCAUGUUACAUACUCCCCUGUAGUUCGUAAGACCGUGCCCUCACAACCCGCUGGGCCACAGGGGCGGGCCCCGGCCCCAGCGCCCCGGCGGUUAUCUCCCGACCCUCCUCAAGGCCAGGUUCCUCUGGCUGGCGUCCCAAUGGCCCACCACGGCGCGCCCCGCCAGGGUCACCACCCCCCGCUUCGCUGGGGGGACACAGGUGGAGGAUCCAUGGAAGGGGCAGACGGCUGCUUCUAUAACCAAAACUACGUGCCCCACCAUGAUGCACCCACACAUGAACCAGUCAGCAACCCCCACCCACAUCCCUUGACCAGCCACCCACUGCCGCCUCCUCCCCAACCACAAACACACAACCUCCACCCCCAGCCACACCCUGUAAACAACCCCCACCCUCACCCUUUGCCACCCCACCCACAGCCAAACCGCACCUCACCCAGGACAGUCCACCACGCGCCCCCUUCUAACACCCCUCUAACCGGUCCCCUUCAGGGGCAAGUGCAGCCCCCUGCCCAGCGCCGCCUUCCUAACGGUUACCGCUCUUCCUCACCCUCAACACAUAUACAUGGACCCCAACAUGGCGGGCCUCACAAAGUCCCACCCCCAGGGGCACAUCCCAGAGGACCCCGCAAGGGCCUGCAUGAACCCUAUGGGGAAAAGGAGCAGGAGGACUGGUGCUAGCCUCUGGGGGUGGGGGGAGGGAUGGAAGAAUACAGAAUCUGGACCCAAGUAUACUUUUAUAUACCGUUUGUCUCUGCCACUUCUUGGAAUGUGCCGGAAAUCCUGGGAUGAGUCAGGAUGAAGGAAUGAAGUCAGGAUGCUUCUAAAAAAAUGAAAAAUAGAGGAAGAGGAGAAGAGGUACCAAACUUGCAUUCAUCACUCGACCAACCUCCUCACACGCCAGCUUUUAAGGAUGCAAGAAGGGGGGGUGAUGGACACUUGUCUUAAAUUCUGCCUCUGGUCCAGAGCUACAGCCACUUACACGAUGUCAAGAGUUGCGACUCAAUUAAAAAACAGUCAGAGACAAAACAACUUUUUUUUUUUUUUGCUUCCCGAAGCUAACUUGAGCGUGUUGGUUUGGAAGAACAGGAAGUGGAUGCCAACCCUCCCGGCCACCUGUUGAAUAUCGAUGAGUUUUAUCAUCUGUCUUUUUAAAUAAGAACAAAAAAGUGACAACCAGCCCCCCACCCCCGCCUGUAUGAGGUGAGAAGCUUCCUGGGAGUGAGUGGGAGAGUUGGGGGUGGAAACAGACUACGGUGGUGCCGCCCGGAAAACAGACUAGUCACACCAUCCUCUCAGCCGUGAUGAGGAAAAACAAAAGGCGAUGAAGGUUUUAACCACCAAACCAGUUUUCUGCAGCAUUUCUUCUUCUAUUCCUGCAGCUGCUUCUCCUUCUUCUUCUUCGAUACAUUGAAGCUUGAAUCUUCUGUUGCACCCCCACACAGCUUUUUUAAGACUUGUAAACCUGUGCAAUCCUGCAUGAAUGAUUGGAAAAAAAGAAAUAAUACUAGCAAUGAGAAUCCACUGUAUGUAGAAGGACGGAGCGUGGGGUUCUCUCCUUCCUUCUUGUUGUAGCCUGUAGGUUUCUCACCCUUUUUUUUCCUUUUGAUAAAAUGACAUUCCUGUUUCUCUCGCUUUCUCCCCCUUGUGUGACAUUCCUCUCUUAUAACCUCAUUUUCACUUCACAAAGUCAUGGACAGAAGUGAUGUGUGUGCUUGGAAGUAACAAAAAUGACUUUUGCUCGCUUGUGCCAAAUGCCUGCCGCUCCUACACAUGGAAAUGCACAUUUUUUCCCUCAACUUUUAUAAGCACGGUGAUAAUCUUGGAAUGAUCAACUGGCAAGCAGGGUACAAGUGGAUGCGGCGACAUAUGUGACGUUAUUGGAAACAUUUUCCCAGCUCUUCCAGACCAAUAGAAAGGUGGAGAAAGGAGAGAAACGCUUUUGUUUUCUUUGACCAUAAGGGAGCGUAACAGUCUCACCCAUUGCAUUGUGGGAGACUGUGCAACCUCCAAAGUCCACCACAAUUGGUGAAUGCUGGAAAUGAACAGAGGUGUUAUUUGGAGCAUUUAUGGAAAUGUAAUAAUUUAAUAAAUCCAUGACUUACAGGUGGUGCAAGUCUAGUUGAGUGACUACCACCUCUCUUCGGUAUAUUUACAUGCGCUAAAAAACGAAAUAUUACACCUAAAUUACAUUAUGUUUGCCUUUUUAAGAUUAUUAGAUGACACGAUUGGAAACCAGUUUCUUUUUGCGUUUACACGCUUUGGAGCGAGCGAACUUUCAACGCAUGCGCGAGUCUGCGUGGAGUGUCAUGGCGCCGGUGUUAACGACAUUAAAUUCACAAGCGAAGAAGACGAAGUCAGAGGGCGGGGUGGGCUGUUUAGGUCCACAAGAAGACAAAUUAAAGAUACAGAAGAUGACGUACGCCAACAUUUUUAAGUAUAUGGAUACUGCGGCGUUCUUAUAGAGUCACACAGAGUCUGACGCUCUUUUAAAGUUUUAUAAUGCCAUGAAUUCCCACCCAGUAUGCAGUUCAGCUCACACACUUGUCUCCUUGCUCUCUCCCGCCACACCACCACCGACUUCCUUCUUAUCCACCAAUAACGUUCACAGCGAGGUGCGUUCACGAACAUGGGAAUUUAGAAGAUCUAUAUUACAACACCGGUCAUUACAAGAAAAAACUUGUUGUCAGAAUGUUCUCGAAGAAGACACUUAAUACGUGACGUGAUGCCUAAGCACUUCCCGAUUGGCACAAAAAUAUAGAACAGCGAUAUUUUCAUAGCAAAACUUCAUUUUUGUAUUCACAAUUGAAUGAAAAAAAUAGACAAGAAAUAAUACGCAUGUAUUUCAUUAGUCGGUGAUAAGUACACAAUAACAAUAAAAACAACGGUAGAUAACAUAAAAAGUAAUUGACAAAAACAUUGACAACCAACAUCCCUAAUCGUCCUUUAUUUCUAUGCCUCUGACGAUCACCACAAGAACCAAAGCAGAUGUCAUUGAAACACACAUUAAAAGGUUACCGACAACACAAAAGAGCUGUGAAAUCUAUUACACAGACGGCUUCUGGCGUGCUAGCUCUUAGCAUGUAGCUUCCUCUUCCUUUACCAUAAUCCUAAACUAUGACCACAAUCGCCCUCUAGCGGCUCGGAGGCAUACAUGAACAUUAACAUUAGCGAGAGCAGCGUGUAAAACUGGGAGUGAAACAUGGACAAACCGAGCUAUUUCGGUAAUCUGGACUAUUUUAGUGCAAAACUGUCCAAGACUUCUUAUGGUCCAAGAAAACACAGACGCACGUGUACAUAUAAUCUCAUUUCUUUCUCUGUGUGUGCCUCAAACACCUUUCAUUCUUUUUUUUUUCUUUGGUGUUUGAUUUUCUCUUUUACCUGGAGACCAAUCACAUGUUGACCAGAGAAUGCACUGAAAAAAAUAGCAAAAACAACAACAAAAAAAAAACAAUUGCCUAUCAGUGUCUUUCUAACCUCAGCGGAAUGUCACAGACGAGUAUUUUUUCACAACACUUUCAGAUAGCACACAAGGUAUGUAGCUAAUGCUUCUGUGUGAGCGUGUGUGUGUGUGUGUGUGUGUGUGUGUGUGUGUAUGCGUGCGUGCAUAUUUUGCUAUUUUGUGCAGCAAACCCUUGACAUUCCAGCUUUUUUUGUGAGGCCCAUUUGUCUUUGCGACAAAGGAUGAGCUCCUUUCACCGUGUGUGUGUGUGUGUGUGUGUGUGUGUGUGUGUGUGUGUGUGUGUGUGCGUGCGUGCGUGCGUGCGUGCGUGUGUGAUGUCAGCAUAUAUGACGCAUGCAAAGCUCUCAUUAUCCACUGUCCUUUUUCUUUUCAUUUUAUGGUCUAUGCUGCAGUGAAAUCCACACUAAUUAACCACACACAAAGUCUGCAAAAAGCAAUGUAAAAGCCGCAAAUGAGUUUUUUGUUUGUUUGUUUGUUUUUAAUACUCACACACAAAAAAAGUGGAAAAAAUAUCUAGCUCAAGAACUGCAUGUGCUAUGUGCAUGCCACACUGUGGGUUAACAGUCAUCUUCAGGACAUAAAAGAAAAACAGACUAAUGAAUUCAUAGAUAUAAAAAAAAAAGAUAUAUAAAUAGAUAGAUGUUUUUAAAAAGCAACCUUUCUUUUUUUCUUCUAUUUUUGAGAACAAAAAAUAUGACAAAAAGACCAAAAAAAUGGGAUUAAAAAAACCACAAAAGAGACUUUGGUGAGAGUCUAUUUUUUAUUUGUUUUUGUCCGCUGUGACAUGGGCUUGAGGCACAACACGACCAUGUAGAAAAAAAAACACAGAAAGUGACAAAAAAUGUACACAAAGAAAAGAAGUGCAGAUCCAAUGGUGAUGAUGUGUUUUUUGUCUAGAUCUUUUGUGCAGGGGGAGGGAGGGUGGUGGGGGCAAAUUGGAUGUUAAAAACCUCUAAACUCUCACUCCUUCCUUUUCUCUUUCUUUCUCUCUCUCUCUCUCUCUCUCUCUCUCGCUCUACCCAAGCUGUCUCUCUCUCACACUCUUAUCUGUCGCACUGUCGACCCGUCUCACCAUAUUUCUACCAGUGCAUUUUGUAAUUCCAAACAGAACUCUUCCUAAAGAAUACGAAUAAAAAAAACAGAGAAUGCACACUCGCUUGUCUUGUGGUCAUU